CACUGCAGCUGUCCCGAUCCGAGCUAUUGUGUGUGUGUGUGUGCGUGUGUAUGUGUGUAUGAGCGUGGGGGUGCAUAGAAAACAUCUGGGGAUGUGUGUAUGUGUUUGCCUGGGGUCUGAUAUUUCCAACAAAGCCAGAAGAGGAUAAAAGCAAAGUCCUGAUUAUUGUCACUUUUCUUUUUUUUUUCCUAAGCUCUCCAAGUGCCCUGCGAAGUUUCGUUCUUCUGACCUCCCACCUUCUCCCCACCACCACCCUCCUCUUGGUGCAGUACAUCUUCAGUGAGGAUACGCACCAUCCAGAGGGUUCUUGAGUGGCCAGUCCAGAAAUCAUGAAGUGGAACCUCUUCAAAACUAAGCCAGAAGCCAUGGUGGGCCCAGAGCCCACAGGACUGGGCGGCACCCACCCGUCACAUACUAUGACGAUGGCGCCUGCUCCCGCUGUCUCCACGAUGGCAGAUAACUCCACCGAGUCUGAGGGACCGGUCAAUAAGAAUGAUGUCUUUGAGGAGAUCAAAAGCAAGUUCCUUAAUGAGAUCGAUAAAAUCCCACUGCCUCCCUGGGCGCUCAUUGCCAUCGCCGUGGUUGCUGCACUCCUCGUCCUCACCUGCUGCUUCUGCAUCAUCAAGAAAUGUUGCUGUAAGAAGAAGAAAAACAAGAAAGGCAAAAAGGGAAAAGAUGGCUUUAACAUGAAGAACAUGCAGGGUGGAGAUAAACACCAGGAUGAUGACGAUGAAGAAGGGGAAACUGGUUUGACGGAGGAAGAGAAAGAGGAAGAGGAAAAAGAAGUAGAGAAACUGGGGAAACUCCAAUAUUCUUUGGAUUAUGACUUCCAGGACAACAAGUUGACAGUCGGAAUCUUACAGUGUGCUGAUCUGAUCUCCAUGGACUCUGGUGGAACUUCAGACCCUUAUGUUAAAGUGUUUAUUCUACCAGAUAAAAAGAAGAAGUUUGACACUAAAGUGCACAAAAAGACCCUCAACCCAGUGUUCAACGAAUCCUUUGUCUUCAAGAUCCCUUACGAGGAGCUUGGUGGGAAGACAUUGGUGAUGUCAGUAUACGACUAUGACCGCUUCUCCAAGCACGACAUCAUAGGCGAGGUAAAACUACCCAUGAACACGGUGGAUCUGGGUCAGCCUAUUGAGGAGUGGCGAGACCUUGACAGUGCUGAGAAAGAAGAGCCUGAGAAGCUCGGUGACAUCUGCAUCUCUCUACGUUAUGUUCCUACUGCGGGAAAACUCACCGUCUGCAUCCUCGAGGCAAAGAAUCUGAAGAAGAUGGACGUGGGUGGUCUGUCUGAUCCAUAUGUGAAGAUCCAGUUGUUGCAGAAUGGAAAGCGUCUAAAGAAGAAGAAGACAACGGUGAAAAAGAACACGCUGAAUCCAUACUACAAUGAGUCCUUCAGCUUUGAGAUUCCUCUGGAGCAAAUGCAGAAAAUCAUUGUGGCGGUGACGGUCUUUGACUACGACAAGAUCGGAAAGAACGAUGCCAUUGGCAAGAUCUUCAUUGGCAGUAAAGCCACGGGCACAGCGCUCAAGCACUGGUCUGAUAUGCUGGCAAACCCGCGCCGCCCCAUCGCCCAGUGGCAUCCACUCCAACCCGAGGAAGAUAUCGAUGGCGCUCUGGCUUCCCUUUUUGCCAAGAAGUAACUUCUCACAUGUCAACCUGACUAACCAACAAAAUAACCAACCAACCCACCACUGCAUGAAACCACAGACCCAUCUGUACGCGCUGUGCCAGUUUGUUUCACAUAAUCACCAACAAACACUGAAAUAUACUACAGAACAUACUUGAAAAGAUGAACAAUAUCACAUUUUGCCAAAUAGUGCAAAUUGAGGAGAAACUGACGAAUAUGAUACAUUUGGUCCAAAAGAACAUUUUCAAAUACCAUUGUGCAACUAAAUAGCGAAGCGAUAAUGGCAAUAGAAGAAGUGGCCAGCAAGAAUCUGUGUUUUACAUAACAUGUUCUAUCUUAAAGCCUAAAUUUCCCAAUCUCUGCCAAAUCCACUAAACUUUAAAGGGGUAGUUCACCCAAAAAAUGAAAUUUCUAUCAUUAUUUACUUACCCCCUUAUGUACUAAAAACCAACAAUGGAAGUGUCCAGAUUCAAAAGUGCACCAAAACUGGAAAUCGGUAAAUUAGGAAGCAAGGCAUUUAUUAAGAAUGUCACUUGUGCCAUUAUUGUACAUUUUCAUGUACAAUAGAUAGUUUCAACUGGAUUGUGAGAUCAUUUGUACAUUGAACAAGAAAAUAACAUUUCAAGGUGUUGUUAGCUGGAUAUACUGGUUCUUUAGGAUGGAAUUUUGUGCCUAAUCAAAAGUGCAAAUAACACUGAGUUUUCGAUAUAUAUUUCUAACAUCAUUUACACAUUUGCACAAUUACUAAGCAAUUGUAAUGUGUUAGCCAUCCUGGGUUAAGUCAAACUACACUCAAAAAAAUAUUUUAGCAUAUUUUCUAUAUUUACGCAUUUCAAUUUCAGAACAAAAUUCCAUCAAAUUGAAUUGUGUAAUGUUUAACUAAAUUAAAUAAGUAAAACUUAAAAUAUUUAGUUUUUCAUUUUAUUUUAUUAAGAUUACUCAAUUCAAAUUGAUGGAAUUUUGUUAUGUAAUUGAAAUGCAUAAAUCUUUAAAAAAAAA